GCCAUUUGCAAGUCCAAUCGGGACAGCAUGAAUAUAGGAAAACAUGGCAGAACAGUUGGAGGGAGUACGAAGAAACUGCUGAAAAUAGCAGAACUAUUGUGUAAUCUUCAUUUUGUAAGAAGUUCGAGUGCGAUUUCGAAGUCAAAGCAAAGUCAUUCGAAAAAACAAAGCAGUCGAAAGAAAGAUGUAGGCAGACAAUAUCCACUACCUGACGUGAAUGGAGAGGUGUUGUUUGGCAUUCAUCCAGUACAGGCAGCACUGUAUGCUGGGAAAAGACAGGCUUAUACAGCUUUCUUCAAGACAGGUGUGCAUAAUGAUAGAUUGGACAGAUUACGAGAACAAUGUGUACAGCAAAAUUUGGAUAUACUUGAUGUAACUGGACCGGUAAUAGAUAGUUUAUCAGGAAAUCACCCUCACCAGGGUGUUUGUUUAGAUGUAUCACCAUAUGAGCAUAGCAGUAUAUCUAUAGACAGUGAUAUAGUAAGUGAAAGACUAUUUAACAGUAAUGGAGAACCACAGGUGUGGGUGCUACCAUAUCGUGUCAAGGACACAAUGAAUAUGGGUGCUGUUCUUAGAUCAUCAUUAUAUUUUGGUGUUAACAAGGUGCUUGUACCUGCUCAUUACAGUUCAGCAUUGAACCCUGUAGUGAGUAAGGCAAGUGCAGGUGCACUAGAGGUAAUGGAUAUACAAUCACUGAAGUAUGAAUCUACAUUGAAGAAGUGUCUUCUGAGAUGGAAAGAUGAAGGGGGAACAGUAGUGGGGUCAACCAGUGAUGAAAGUCAUGAAAAAGCGUUACAUUUACAGAAAUACACUGCAGAUAGACCUACCUUGCUUAUCAUAGGUAGUGAAGCUGUAGGAAUCGAUGAGAAGAUAACAGGCUAUUGUGAUGUUUUACUUUGUGUUCAAAAUUAUCAGACAUACCAGGAAUCAGACAGUUUUUGUGUUGACUCAUUGAACGUCUCUGUAGCAACAGGGGUACUUCUUCAUAACAUUAUGAUGAAUCGAAGUAGAAACUGCUAAUAUCACAUUAGAGCCUAGACAGUGGAAGGCAAAAUGAUGGUCAGUCAAAAGUCAAAGUAAUGUCUUCAGAAAGAACAGCAUCAUACUCAGAGUUUACCUCAGUUCAUGCUGAAUGCAGAAUUGCCAAACAGACAGAUAAUUCAAACAUCUGAAGCAGACAAAAUGUUUAUGUAUUGUAGCUGUAGAAUACAGACAAGCCAGGUUGAGACCAGUGCUGUACAAUACAGUAUUAAUCAUAUAAUGAUAGACCGUGUCAAUAUGAAAGUCAAACUGUUCGUUUUUGUUGCUGUAGAAUAGAAGCCUAAACCAGAAGACUGGGAAGUACUUCAGGGCUUUAUGGGCUUCUGUGGCAGUCCUUGCGGAGAAGUUAAGUUUGCUGAUAUCGAAUCACUUGUCCCUAACCACUGUGGGUUCAAAGCUUUGCUUAGGGUGUAGAAUUUUUCCAUAAGAGAAAGCCAUCUACUGUGAAAUCAUUUUUAUUCGCGUAGGACGAAUUUUUCGCGUAUUUCGCGCUAGGACUGAUGCGCGAAUUUAAGACCUUGCUAUUAUUAUUUUUUGAUUAUAUUUUCCCUUUCUAAAAUUGAAAAUGCGCGAAUUUAAGCCUGCGCGAAACAGUCCUUCUUCACGUUUGCGCGAAAUUUCAUGCCAGCGAAUUUAAAUGAUCUCACAGUAUCUGGCUAACAGAAAGUCUGUGUUUCUAACCACCCACCUGUGAUGAAAUAAUGCCCAGAGGGCACCUGGCAUCUUCCUCCGACCUUCAUGGUGAAAAGUGGCCAUAUGAUCUAUAACUGUUGAUUCAGUCUCAUAUUUAUACAUUGUACAUGGUUUUUACAUGUAACAAUUUUUUUUUGGUGUUUUUUUUGUUAUUUAUUAUUAUUGGCUGCAUGAAGCUCAUUUAGUAUAACAAAAUUGUGUAUUGGUGAAUAACACAAAAUAAUAAAUUCAAGACUUGUGCAAACCUUUAAUAAAAAAUCUUGUUAUACAUGUAUAUAUAGCAUACAAAUUGCAUAAGAAUAGUUUGAAUAAGCAAUAAGAUCAAAAAGCCUUGAUGAAACUCGAGUUAAUUCAGUAACUUUAUUAAAGUUUCUUUUUUGAGACACAAAUAGAGAUACUUACAUUACAUGCAUAUAUUUACAGCAUAUUUUAGCCUUACUGCCUACAAGGAAAAAGAUGGGUUGUAAAACAAAAAUACAAGCUUCUUUUAAAUCCACUAAGUUUUUAAUACCCUGCUGAGACUUCCGACAGAUAAUACUACUUAUAUGAAUAAAUCUGAGGCUGUAAGGAUCUUACAUGCUUGCUUGUGUAACACAGGGUUAUCCCUACCAAGGUACAUGGUGGAAUGAGAAACAGAGCUUACGUAAAAGAAGUUUAUAAUCCAUGCGGUCCAAAGGAUUUGGAAAACAAUCCUUUUUCUUGCCAAUAUUGUGUUAAAUAUAGAUUGCGAUAGCGAGUGGAUUAGGACUGCAUGGGCAUUAUGCUUAUACAUGUAGUUUAUGAUGUUAUAAUAUGGCUAUUAUCAGGGUACUUAAAUUCACACUAGUUUAGACAAAGUUCAUUCCCAAGGGAAAGACAGGAAUACUAUUCCUGGCAUGUGAUCAAACUAUAUUAUAAUAUCCCUGCUAGGUUGGCAAGAAAUGCCUGAACAUAUGCUGAGGUAGUGUUUUCUGCCAUUAUUCUCAGUUACUGCAGUGAAUUUAGUUUUUCACGACUGCUUCCCUAAUUUUGCAAGUAUCAAAUGUAAAAUGAAACAGUAUAAUUGUAUUGUAUUGUAUUGAAAUAAAUAAAACUGUCUUGUAAAACAA